AUUUCAAUCUAGAAUUCGUAUCUGGUGAAAUCUUAAACUAGACAAGACACCUUCGCACUUUUUUUUUCUCUCUGGCCCAACAAUCGAGAAACGUCACUUGACCAUCUUCUCCGGCGCCGGUAUAGCUCUUGCUUGCCGGCGUCGGGACAAGUUCUUUCAAGCUUUCUUUUGUUUCACAAUGAUCUCCGUUUCUUCUUUUGUAUGGCCAUUCACUCAAUCAUCUAGCUUAAUCUCGUGUGUUAGAAUGGAGAGCGGCGUCUCAUCCUCCAUCGUUCACAAUUCAAAAGACGCUGGUUCUCUCUCGGUAUCCCUUAAAGCCUCCUCCCACCGGAUCUCGUCGCUGUUAGCUACUUCUUCACCUCCCCCUAAGAUUCAACCAAAUCUCCCAAGUCUCGUCUUCGAGUUCUCGGGAUGCUUACCGUUGGGGAGUUUCCGACCGAUGCUUCUUCCGGUGAAAGAAAAGAAGAUGAGCGGCAGCGCAAACCUAAUUGUCGUGGGUGUCUCACGAGAGGACCCUUCUUUUCCCCAGGUGGGCUUAGGCCCUUUUUCCUUUUCCUCGAGGCCCAUUUUUGAAAGGUGUGUUUCAAGUUGUUUUUUGCAAAAGUCCAGGUCUGGUCCACACCCUCUCUUGUUCUUCCUUAGUCAAUUUUUGAGCCGAUUCAUGCCACCUAUUGAUCGAGGACGUCAAUUGGAGCAUAAUCUUUCAUUGUUGCUAUGUUGGUUCAAGAUUUAUUUGAGAACCCUGCCUUUAGAACCACCUAGUUGUAUUAUCCAUGAAUUUAAAAGCUUGAAGAAGGACGGCAUUAUGAUCCCGUCUCUAAGGAGCGGUGAUUACCAAAACUUCUUCAACUUUUCAUCCCCACUUCAUCUGUUUACCGAGUCCAAUCAAUUGUUAUUGCUAUUUAGCAUCAUUAGGGAUUCUCCCCUUGAAUUUAAAAGCUUGAAGAAGAACGGCAUUAUGAUCCCGUCUCUAAGGAGCGGUGAUUACCGAAACUUCUUCAACUUUUCAUCCCCACUUCAUCUGGUUACCAAGUCCAAUGAAUUGCUAUUGCUAUUUAGCAUCAUCAGGAAUUCUCCCCUUGAAUAUAAAAGCUUGAAGAAGAACGGCAUUAUGAUCCCGUCUCCAACGAGCGGUGAUUACCGAAACUUCCUCAAUCCUUCAUAUCCGCUCCCUCUGAUUUUUAAACUCAAGAUCGUACCCAAAGAAAUUUAUAUCUUUCAGGAUAUUCUACUUUUUGUCCCAACGUCCUCGUUGCGUUUCGUGUCGACGAACCAAGAGGCAAAGGACUUUUUCUCAACGUCACAUGAUCUUUUGAUAGUGACUACGACAAAUUUCGCCGAUUUGCUCGCGGAAGUGUCUAUGACACACUUUGAGGUCGCUUGUGGUAUGUGGCUUGUUUGCCUCUGUCUAUGACUCUCAAUGGCCUAUCCAAUCUUUAUAUCUAUCUUUGUUGCUAGCUUAUGUUUUUCGAAGAUCUUUGUAAUCUUUUUCACCCUUGAAGACCUUGUAAACUCUACCCUUAUGGGCUUUGAUUGAAUGAAUACAAGUCUUGUUUGACAAAAAAAAAAAAAAAAAAAAAAAAAAAAAAA